GUCAGCAUGGCAGGCACGAACCUGGAGAACCAGCUACACAGCGCACAGAAGAACCUGCUCUUCCUGCAGAAGGAGCAUGCCAGCACACUCCGGGGGCUGCACGCGGAGGUCCGGCGGCUGCAGCAGCACUGCACAGAUUUAACAUAUGAGCUCACCCUCAAAAGUUCAGAACAGACAGGGGAUGGAACGUCCAGAAGCACUGAACUAAAGAAAAGAUGUGAAGAACUGGAAGCUCAGCUGAAGUCCCAGGAAGAGGAGAACACGGAGCUGCUGAAGGAGCUGGAGCAGAAGAACGCCAUGAUCCUGGUGCUAGAGAACACCAUCAGAGAGCGGGAGAAGAAGUACCUGGAGGAGCUCAAAGUCAAGAGCCACAAGCUGAACAUGCUGGCCAGUGAGCUGGAGCAGCGGGCCGGUACCAUCGCCUACCUGACCUCGCAGCUGCACGCUGCCAAGAAGAGGCUCCUGAGCUCCAGCGGGACCUCGGAGGCCAGCCCCUCCGGCAGCCCCUCCGCCCAGAGGUCAGUGCCGGCCAGCUACAAGCCCGCCCCGCCCAAGGACAAGCUGCCCGAGACACCACGCCGCCGCAUGAAGAAGAGCCUCUCGGCCCCCCUGCACCCCGAGUUUGAAGAGGUCUACAGAUUCGGGGCCGAGAGUCGCAAACUCCUCUUGCGGGAGCCCGUGGAUGCGAUGCCCGACCCCACUCCGUUUCUGCUGGCCCGGGAAUCGGCCGAGGUCCACCUCGUCAAGGAGCGGCCCCUCGUCAUCCCCCCCAUCGCUUCGGACCGUGGUGGCGGUGGCGCCAGCGAGCAGCCCAGCCCAGUGCACGACAAGAAGGCGCACGUGGGGGUGGCCCACCGCAUCCAGCACGCGGCCCAACCGCCCACGCAGCCCGAGGUGGAGACACUGGCGGUGGACCAGGUGAACGGGGGCAAGGUGGUGCGCAAGCACUCAGGGACGGACAGAACUGUGUGACGCCAGCGGCACUGUGACCCGCGAGGACCCACUCAGCCACGCCUUUCUCCUCUCCAUCCCCAUGCAUGCCAGGUCCUUCUCAGUCCCACCCACAGAUGUCCCCCGCUUCUCUUGCCCUUUACUGACACCUCAAUAGGAUGUGUCCUCACUGCAGAAUACCUAUCUACUCAUGCUGUGGCCACGUGCCUGUGUACCGAAUCGCUUGCUUCUAGCACAUCGGGUAGCCCAGGCGCACUCGUGGACAGAGCGCAGGCCACGGCCCGCCAUCCCGGGCCU